CGGCUAUUAUUGACUGCAUGCCACUGCCCAUAUGUGUGCAAAUCUGCUGGCGCGCCUUUUAUAUAGACAUUCUGCUCCGAUCGUCAAGACCAGCACGCACAAGUAGUGUCUGUUCCACUCCAGUGUUAAAAGCAGCCUGCAGAUUGUAGGUGCCAUGGCUUCAAAUCAAAUUUCAUUUGCCUCAGAAAACAAAAAGGGGAAUUGUCCCGGCUUAUGUUUCGGGGAAGAUUCCAAGUCCAAACAAGGAUUGAUUGUCCUUCAAGAAUGGUGGGGCAUAAACGACCAGAUCAAGGAAGAGGCUGCAACGAUCGAAAAAAAAGGAAAAUUUGUGGUACUUGUUCCCGAUCUUUACCGGGGAAAUGUUACCACGGACAACGAGGAGGCAGGCCACCUUAUGGGCAACCUAGACUGGGACGGAGCUGUGAAGGACAUUCAGGGAGCGGCAAGGAAGCUGAAAGAGAUGGGCUGUACUAAGAUUGGAGUGACAGGAUUUUGUAUGGGCGGGGCAUUGUCAUUAGCUGCAGCCGUUCGUGUACCGGAAAUCGAUGCAGCGGCGCCAUUUUAUGGUAUCCCUGAUGCCAAACUUGCGGACGUAUCAAAAAUUCGCAUCCCGCUCCAGUGUCAUUUUGGCAAAAAUGACAAUGUAGAAGGGUUCUCCUGCCCUAAGUCGCAAGCCACGCUGAGGAAGAAGUUGGAUACGGCUGGCGUUAAAUACGAGUUCCAUUCCUACGACGCUGGACACGCAUUCACCAACCAGAAAGGGCCAAAUUAUGUCGAAGAGUGCUGUACUGUCGCUUUAGACAGGAUGGUAAAAUUCAUGAACAAAAAUCUGUCAUAAAAAACUGAUCGGACGAUAAAAGGUGUGGGGUCACCUGCCCGAACACGUGGGUUUUCUCCGGGUACUCAUGUUUCCUCCAACAUAUAGACCCUCCGCGCGAUAACAUCCGGGCCAACAAGAGUGAUUAAUAUGAGUUGAAAUAACGUGUUUCAUAAUUGUUGUAAAAUAAAUAAAGUUUACAUAUCAAU